GCCUUUGGGUAAUAUUUCUGAGAAGGCUUUUGGUUUCCUUCAGCGCCCUCCCCUUCUGUUGUCUUCCUGAUAAGGGGGCCUUUCCGGUGUGUUGGGGGCCUCAUUGCUCCAGUUCUCUGUCCCAACGAUAAGGGGAAAGUAAAACAGAUUCUUCUGCUAGAGACUGUUGAAGAAAGUGUUUGCUGGAGACCAGGUUUGGAGAGAGCGACACAGAGCCUCAAGAUGGAUUCCUCUGUCCCGGCGAUUUUUAUUGCUUGCAUUCUGAUGUCCCUUUACUGCUGUCCCCUGCAGGCUCUCCUGUGCCCUCCCCUGCCCACCUCGAUGAACAUCACCGAGUUCUCUUGCAACUCCCCAUCCCUUAACAAUUUCCCAGUCGGCUUCCCUCGACAGACCAGGCUGAUCUCUGUCGAGUUCACAAACAUCUCCACCAUCGGUGUGGAUGCCCUUGUGGGUCUUCCCAACCUUCAGGAGCUUCACCUGUCCAAUAACAGACUGAAGACCCUUCCCACUGGCCUCUUCCGUAACCUCCCAAAGUUGCAUGCACUGGAUCUGACGGAUAAUCUGCUAGAAGAUCUGCCUCCGGGGAUCUUUGAGAAUUCCAGCGCUUUGAAGCAACUGGUUCUCAAGGGGAACCAACUGGUCACCUUGCACCCAUCAUGGUUCCAAACCUUAGAACAGCUCGAGUUCCUCGACCUCUCCAACAACCAGCUGAAGGACGUGCCCCCUUACUGCUUCAACAAACUUGGGAAUUUGACAACUCUGGACUUGUCGUUCAACUUCCUCUGCAAGCUCUCUCCGCAGAUCCUUGAGGGGAUGCCCCGUCUUGAGAAGUUAAUCUUAGAAGGCAACCAACUCCGCUCUGUCACAGAGGAGACCUUCCAUGGAGUUCCACGGCUGGGGUUUGUGUUCCUCCAAAACAACAGCUUUACCGAUCUGCCAGCUGGGAUCUUCAAGCCUUUGGGCCUUCUGGAACUGUUGGACAUCUCCAAAAACAAGCUCACCUCGUGGAAUCCACAGUUUUCAGGCCAGGGUACAAAGCUCAGUCUUGAUCUCUCUGGCAAUCCAUGGGUGUGUGAUUGUCGCAUGCGCGCCCUCUUGAAUUGGGUGAAGCUUCACUCUGUCUUACUCUAUUCCACCCGAGACGUGAUCUGUGCUUAUCCCAAGAGCCUGGAAGGUCAAGCGGUGAUGACUCUAGGCGAGGCUGACUUUGGUUCCUGCUGAAUCCCCAAGAUGUGUCCAGUUUUUGCUCCCCUGUCCUUUUUGAAAAUGGUGGGAUGAAAAAUGCCCACAUCUCCAAAAUCAUAGGAGCUUCCCACAAGGUUAUUUGUCCCUCCCUCCCAGGAUUUGUCUGUCUGCUCUGACUGGCAGCAGCUCUCAUCUUUUCUAUCACUGAGCAGAGGGUUCCCUCUGGAUUGGAAAUUCCCAGUGUUUUCUUUUUCAUGCCAUGUCCGGAACAGAAAUCAAUCCAGUGGAUAUGAUUAGCAUUUGCUGCCAUUGUUGCUUUCAGUUCGCAAAUGAUAUGCAAUUCAUUAUAUUCUCCCUGCCCCCCAUUUGCAUUGUGUUUCCUUUUCCUGUUGUUUGUCAAGGGUGCUGGGAAUUGUAGUUCUGAGAAGGGUAAACUACAGUUUCCAGGAUUCUCUGGGGGAAGCCGUGUGCUUUCAGUGUCCUUGAACUGCAUGUCGUGAACGUGACCACAGUGCUGUUUUUUCUUCCCCCUCUUCAUUCCUUCUCCUUACCUCUCUCCUCCCCCCCACUCCAAAAAGCAUUGUUAAUUGGGAACAAAAUGCACCAUCUUAUCGGCAAACAUCUCUCGCUCAGAAAUUUAUCGCAAAGCGGCUCUACCAUGGAAGAUUUAAAUUAAACCCAAUUGCUUAAAGAUGCCAGGCAAUUUGCUGUGAUUUAACUGUGCAAUAAAAUCCAAAGGCAAAAUCGUAUUUGCCAACCGAA